AUGGGGUCGCAAGAUCCGCCGAGGAGGAAUUCUGUCCUUUCUGGAUCGCCACUUCCGACGACCCCUUCCGACGAACCCGUCUUCUCCAGUAACAUUGAAGACUAUGACAUACUCGCCCCGAUAGGAUAUGGUUCUUCUGCUGUCGUUUAUAAUGCUAUAUACAAACCACUGAACAAACAAGUUGCUGUAAAGACUAUUGAUCUGGAUCGUUUUGAGAGAAAUCAGAUCGACGAACUAAGAAGAGAGACCCAGGUUAUGUCGUUGUCGAAACAUGAGAACGUAUUACGGGUACACAGAUCUUUUGUUCAUGAAUCAAAGUUAUACAUUAUCACGCCAUUCAUGGCUGCUGGAUCUUGCUUAGAUAUAAUGAAAACAGCGCAUCCUGAUGGAUUAGAAGAAGCAGUAAUCGCUACUAUUCUAAAACAAGCACUACAAGGACUGGCAUAUCUGCAUAAGAACGGUCAUAUCCACAGAGAUGUAAAGGCUGGUAACCUGUUGAUGGAUAGCGAUGGAUCGGUGCUUCUCGCGGACUUUGGCGUGUCUUCGUCGUUAAUGGAAAAUGGAGAUCGCAGAGGAUAUCGCAAGACUUUCGUCGGGACACCAUGUUGGAUGGCACCAGAGGUAAUGGAGCAGGCAGGAUACGAUUACAAGGCUGACAUUUGGUCAUUUGGCAUUACUGCCAUCGAAUUAGCCACUGGCCAUGCGCCUUUCUCAAAGUAUCCUCCAUUAAAGGUUCUCAUGCUUACAAUCUCAAACGAUCCUCCAACUCUAGACAGAGAUUCGACAAGACACAAAUACAAUAGAUCUCUGAAGGAAAUGAUUGAUGCAUGUCUUCAGAAGGAUCCGACGAAAAGACCGUCCACGGAGAAGCUUUUGACAUUCUCGUUUUUUAAACACGCAAAGAAGAAGGAGUAUCUUGUCAGCAGGCUAUUAGCUAACCUUACUCCUUUGCAAGAGCGACCUCACAAAAGAGUUCAACAGAAACCAAUUAUGAUAACAAAAUCAGUAUCUUGGGAAUUUGAUUUCUCAGAAGGCGAAAAGGAUCAUUCCCUUGAAGACUCGUCCCAAAAAGGUUCCGCAUCACAUUCUCCUCCAACAGUCAGACGAGUAUCAUUUGUCGAUCCCAUCCGUUCCAAUAGCAAAUCAUCCGAAGAUGCAUUGUCAACGGAUAUUGGUCGAAGGACAGUAUCUAGGUUCUCAGUAGUCGGAUCUGAACCCGGAUCUGCGCUCUCUUCGUCACUCCCUAAUAGAUCAUUUGAUGCAUCAGUCAUUAUGCAAUCUGCAUUGUCUCAAUCGCACCCGAAUUUUAGUGGAUUUGCUGGCGUCCAAGAAGUCAACAGCGCGAUACAGGACGCGGAAGCAUCGGAGCAAGUUAAAGGAAGAUUUACUUUUAAGUCAUGUACAAGAGAUAAAACUGUUUCUAAUACGCCAAUGGAGGAAGACGAGCCUCAAAUGAAUGAAUCGAAAGCGCGCGAAAAGGAGAAUCUUGAAGAAUUGAACAAGAAAUCCAGAUUCGAAAUAACCGCACAUCCAACUGAAACAGAAGAUUCCUCCUCGUCUUCAGUCUCGGCACAAUCUGAUGUUUCCAAGUCAGUGACAGAGCCCGUUUCUACCCCGGGUGCUACUAAGAGGGGCAGAUUCGAAGUAUCUAGUGUUGAUGCUUCCCAAAAGACAAACGGAUUUUGA